UGUGACGGAGCCAAGAUGGCGCUGCCCUGUAAGACCGGUGCUGCGUUUAAGAAGUAUUUGCUACUGCUGGCGCAAGAGAAUUGCGAAUUUCGUAUGCCGGAAAUUAAGUCUCUUCUUUCUGUUUAUGGCGGACAUUUUAAUAAUCUUCAAGAUGCACAUGGAAAGUCUCCUUUCUGUAUUCUUAACCUUCCUUCAGAAGAAAUGGCAAGAAAACUUAUGAAGAGGACAGUGUGUGCAAAAUCUGUGUUUGAGUUGUGGGGUCAUGGGAAAACAUUUACGGAAUUUCAACAAUCCGUCCUAAGUUAUCCUUUGGAAAAAAUGAUGCCAUACCUUCAGCCCAAUUCUACUUACAAAAUAAUCAUUCAUACAUUUAAUAAAACAUUCACACAGAAGGAAAAAGUUGAGAAAAUUAAUGCUAUGGAGUUUCUUCCUUUUCAAGGAAAAGUAAACUUGCAGAAUGCUGAGAACAUAUUUUAUGUGCUUGAGGAUUAUGGCUCAGACCCAAACAAAGCCCCUAAAGAGCCUUUUGAAAUCUUCUUUGGUCGACAUCAUUUGUUCAAGAUUGCAGAUGGUCAGCGGGAACUCAUUAAUUCAUACAGCGUCAAAAAGCGGCACUUUAUUGGAAACACAAGCAUGGAUGCUGGCCUUUCUUUCAUUAUGGCAAACCAUGCACGAGUGAAACCCAAUGAUAUGGUAUUUGAUCCCUUUGUAGGAACUGGUGGCCUUCUGGUGUCGUCUGCUCAUUUUGGAGCCUAUGUUUGUGGUACUGAAAUUGAUUACAAUACAGUCCAUGGAUUGGGAAAAGCAACCAGGAUGAACCAAAAGUGGAGAGGGCCAGAUGAGAAUAUUAGGGCUAACCUACGCCAGUAUGGAUUAGAAAAAUACUAUUUGGAUGUUUUGUUAUCUGAUGCCUCAAAGCCAGUAUGGAGAAAAGCACCAUUGUUUGAUGCCAUCAUAACUGACCCUCCAUAUGGCAUUAGAGAAUCCACAAGGAAAACUGGCACACAGAAAGAAAUCAUAAAAACCGAUCUUUUUCCCGAGAGCCAUGUUCCAGUCCAGUUAAAUUACCAUUUGAGUGAAAUAUUUUCGGAUCUGUUAGCCUUUGCGGCGGAGUUCCUGGUUACAGGGGGAAGAUUGGUUUAUUGGCUUCCAGUGUACAAACCAGAAUAUACAGAAGAAGUUUUACCCCGGCAUCCCUGCCUGAAGCUUAUUAGCAACUGUGAACAGAUGCUAUCCAGCCACACGUCUCGCCGCCUGAUAACAAUGGAAAAGGUGAAGGACUUUGAGGAAAAGGACCAACAUGCUCAUCUUGCAGAUGGCCAGUAUUUGCCGUAUCAAGGUCAUAACUCCUUCCGUGAGAAAUAUUUCAGUGGUUUAAAGAAGAGGACCGUCAGAGAAGAAAGAGCCCGAAGUGAAAUGGUGAAUGCUGAAAAUGUAAUAUCUAAAAGAAAAGAAGAUGCCUGAUCUGCUACUGAAGAAAUAUUGAAAAAAAACUAUUGCUUAUUUUAACACAUUGCAGUGUGGCAUUGCCUUCUCAUUUUGUAUUUAUGAAUUUUAUGAAACACCCAUACCCUUUGCUCAUUGUAGCUGCACUGAAUAAGGACAACAGUUCUUUAGAUACCUCGUUUUCUGUUUCAUGUACAGCCUGUUUUUUAAAUGUAAUAUGAUGUUGCAAAACUUUUAUGUUUUUAGUUCAAACCUGGAAGAAUUCUCAUGUCACUGUGACUACCUUAAAAGAAAAUGGCUUAUAAAGCAAGUUAUUUUAUUGCCAACCUGAGUAUGAACUGGAGAUUAAAGCACAAAUAGAGUAAUUUCUACAAUACAAGCAUGUAAGAACUUGUGCUGGAUUUGGAUUCUGAAUCCCAAACAUACAGAUUAGGUAUAUGCCAAUCACUACUAUAAGAUGGUCGUUGCAAAGCAAGUCAUUAAUGUGGAAUGUCAGUGCUUUUAUUUACUCACUUAUAGAGACAAAGUGCUUGUAGGGGCACAAAACCCAUCAGAGAAAAGUUAGAACAGUCUAAGUUAGUAUGGCAGCUGAAAAAUAAAUUGCAUGUUUGUAGCAUUGGUUCUUCCAUUGUUAAAGGGAAACGUGCCCUAACUGCAUGUUAGGAUUUAUUUAUUUCCUCUUAGCGAAUAGUAAAUUAUCCAGCAUAGGUUAUGGUAUGUACAAAAUAUUUAUUGCCUAGUAGAUCUGAGGUAGAGCUGAAGUAUCUGCCAUAGAUCUCAGAUGCAAUUCUUUUUUACAAAAAUAUACAUUUUGCUGUGGCAAGCAAUAUGGCAGAUUGCAUCCCAUACCCCAUUUAUAUAAAAUACAAAUAUGCAGACAAGGAACAUUCUUUUCAACACACAGACUUUAUAACUCCCUUUUGAAAUUAACUCCUACAUAAUAGCUUCCAAAUGUUUGUUUCAGUAAAUGAUACAGGCAGGCCUGUCAACCCACAAUACCUGGAUUUAUGUUCCAGACAGGGUUUGUGGUCUCCUUGUAACUGGGUUUGGCUGGAUGUAAUGAGGUGUGUAUGGGGCCUUGCAGGGGUGUGGCAACCUCUGGGAGGUUGACUUCUCUGUACUGGCUGCAGCAGUUAUGCAAUUUGGAAGCUUGCUGCAGACUUUGAAUUCCCCCCAACUCUGACAGCUUGGGAAUACUGGGAUGGGUAGUUUCAAAAUUCUAGAGUAACAUUACUUAUACUUGGAUUGUGUUCUAUAGCAGUGCAUUAGAAGUAAUAUUUGGCUAAUUGUUCAUAAUAGCUGUUUUCAUCAAGCUUUGGAAUCUGUUUUCCUAGUAACCAGGUGGUGACUUAGUUUUCUGGACUUUCAACCUCCCCAUUGGGACUAAUAAGGAUUAGGCAAACAAAAUGUAUAUAUAUAUAACUAUGUUGUUUUGUCAUUUGUAAAGGUUUACAUUGAUUUAUUGUAAUGUGUAUAAACUUAUGCCCUAUAUUUAUCAGCUUUUGAAUGUGAUUUAACACUGCUAAGUGGCUGCAGUGCUGGAGCUUACUGGCUUGCUGUGUCCAUCUUUCACAGAAGGAAGUUGUACUAUUUGCUUUUAGUCUCCAAACCUCUGGAAUUUGUUCUCAACAUGAGUGAUGAAGUGUUCCUCAUUAGAGAGAUUGCUCUCAUUUAUUAUUGUUUGUAAUUGAUACACAUUAAACACACACAAUCUUGCUUUGUCUUUUUAAAACAGUGUUGCAUGCAAAGGCCCUUUGUGGUUUGUUACUGGUGUGACCCAGGCCAGCUAUGCGAAACUCAAAGGACUUUGCUGGUGCUUUGAGAGGCUGUGAAGCUCUGCUGAGCCUGUCCACAUCUGAAGCUCAUCUGUUUCUUUUCAUUUGUUUUUACAUUCUUUAAGCUCACUAAAACUGGAUAUAUGUUUUUAUUUUCUUAUAACUUAGUGUUUUUUUCCUUUUUUUGUGGAGCCAUAACAAAUAGGUGUGACUCCUCAUGUUCCUUUGAAACUGAAGCAGUUUGAAUUUCUUGCAUUUCUUUACUCUAUUUCAGAGGUUAAAUUCUUAUGUUUUUGCCUUUUUCUCUUUGGGCAAAUUAAUUAAGGAGACUUGGAUGGAACUUUUUUCAGUUAUUUUAGAAGCUUCUCUUCAUUAGGUAAAACAUCUAUACACAGCUUUUUAUUUCCAUAUUUUAUAUUUCCUUUAAGAUGUAAAAAUUAAUUACAGACUACACCAGGGUAUCAUGUAUUUGCACGCUUUCUUUUGACUUCUGGCACGCACUGCAAUGCCUCUUUUCUUAUAAAAGAAAUGUUGUGGCCACAUGAGAACAUUUAUUCAGCCUGUAUACAUACACAAUUAUGUUCUCCUAUUUUUCUGUUUUUUUGUAAAUAAAUGCUUUUUGCUUAAAUUGGUAGUUAGGUGGGACAGUAUAGCUUAUGCAUGAACAGUACCAUCCCUGGUUGAACUGUGUGUUAGCUGGUUAGUCUGUUACACAGAUUUAAAAAUCAUGUGACACGAGUGUAGACAAAUACUGGACAAGAUGUACUAAUAUUGUGAAUGUUCUAACAACCUUGAUUCUUCUACUACAGUGGUUUUAAUAAAUUCACAGGGCUACUUACUUUUCAGAAAACAAUUAAAAUGAAUUGUUUGAAUAAA